UGUACUUAUUCAUGUACCUUACACAAAAAAACAACGCCUUUGGUCACAUGACUUCCGGCGUGUGUCUCUCUCUUUCCCGCCGAAUCUUGCUCAACUCGGUCGGUUGCAGGAAUACCUCCCAAGGUCGCGCCCCAAAAUCUUGCAAAAUGGCACCGAAACAUCCCUGCACGAAGUGCUCCAAGCAGUGUACAUUGAAGGAAGACUGCCUUAAGUGCACAAAUUGUAAUCUGUGGAGUCAUGGGCAGUGCCUGGGCUUUGCAACCAGAGUCUUCAAGGCAUGGAAGGCCAAGAACACAGGACUGUGUUUCCUUUGCCCGAACUGUGUGGGGCCGGAAACUGCCUUCCCUGGAGAGCCCGUCAGGUACUGCGACCGUUACAAAGCUUGUGAUGCUUUGGCAAGAUUGGGAACUGUGGCUGGUUUCCCACCUUCCAGUGUGGCCUUCAAGCAGGGUGUGUCCAACGAGUUGCUGCUGCAGGAGACUUACAAUGUCUACAUGCCUGAACGUCCUCUUGUCGUUGACCAUAGCAACAGCCAUGUUGACAUUACAGCUACAGAGGUGCUGAAGGAGUUCCAUCCUGUCAUGCUCCGUAGCCAUGAGCCUUUGCGUGUUGCUGGCGAUGGUAACUGCCUGUUUCGUGCCCUGUCACUUGGAUUGUUCGGUAAGGAGGACUACCACGUGCUCAUCCGCCUUUUGACGGCGCUGGAGAUCUUCUCCUACCAGGCAUACUACGACUUCAAGGACCCCAACAACAUCGACCUUGUCAAAGAUGAUCGUGUUGAGAAGCCUGACUACGAGAAACUGUUGAAGACCGUCACAGGUGUUUCUGAUGGUGGUUACAGUUAUCAGGUAACCGUGUAUGCCGCCAGUGCGGCACUCGGAGUUGCCAUUCAAACAUACCUGCCACCAACCGGAUUGAACAUGGAGCUUGCGUCGGAUCCCCACACCCGCAAGGUCCAUGGCCGUGGAGUUCGUCCCACAAGUGAUACAGCUGUGACUGUGAUGUGGACUCAGGCUGGGUUUGCUAAAGGCCACAACUUCCAUGCUGACCACUUUGUUGUGCUAAAACCUCGGGAUGCUAUUGACAGUUACAACCUCGUGUCUGGCCCCGAAGAUGAAGAAGGCAGUGAGCCAGAGGUAGCCCCCAGCUUGUCAUUCUUGUCCCCAGGCAGUCAAGACUCUGACCCUUCACCGCUACCCUCCCCAGAGUCCAUCAGUGAUGAAUCGACUACCCUCACUGACCUGCUAGAGGUAAUGUCAAAUGUUGGUGAUGAGGGUGACGGUUCUGAGGGAAGUGUCAAUCUUGACAUGUAUGACAUAGAUUAUCCUGCCACGCCUUCGGAGGGCAGCAGUGAUGAUGAUGAAGAUGACACACCUGUGUCCACUGCAGCUGGAGGCCACAGCCUACCAAAACCAGGUACUUACCUGUCCAGUGAUGACCUGUUUGACAUCUUGACAGACGUGGAAGUCACACCUCUGGAGUGCAUCCCGCCAGGACAAAAGCAGGAUUGCUACUUUGUCUUUGACAAUACAGCUAACGUACAACGCCAGGAAAGCCACCAGACGGUUCGCAAAUGCGAUGAUAGUGGAGCUUGGAAAAGUGGUGGACCAACUAACAGGCACGUCUUCGUGCAUGUUGCAGGUUCUCGAACAACUGAGGUUAAGCUCGAGGAUGGACUGUACGGGACUGUCUAUCGGAAACGUAUCCGAGGUGGCCGUCGGCUUCCUAUCUUUACAGCCUUGCAGCCUCAGCCCCAGCCUGAUCAGGUUUUUGUGUUGCACCGUGCGUAUUCCUAUCACACGAAUAGCCAGGAGUACAAACGCCGCAUUUCCUGGAUUACCCAGGACAACACAGAGUUACCAAAGAUUGCUGUUGCUGAGUACCUGGGCAGAUUUCCUGGUCGCAAGCCCCAUGGACGCAGCAGAAACAUCAACCCUCGAGAGUACCUCCGCACCGAUCCAGUUCUGCUCGACAAGGUCAAGAGCAAAGCACAGUUCCAGCCUCCCAAGCGGAUUUGGCAGGAACUCUAUAACAAGGAAAUGAAGCUGGAUGGUCUAAGCUCUACCAGGCAGAUUGUAAAUGCCAAGCACCGUGAGACCAAGAAACAGCAGCAAACCCACGGGAGCUAUGCAAACUUUGCUGACCACAUUCAAAAUGUGCAGUCAAUGACAAAGACACACGGCCACUUUGUAAGGAGUGUGAAGGUUAUGAGCAACAAGGUCCCCACUGUAACCUUGUACACUGACCAACAAAUCCAGGACAUGAAACGCUUUUGUUGUGCAGCUCAGCCGGCACAAGGUGCAGUGCUCGGAUUUGACAAGACCUUCAACCUGACAAAAGUUCAUGUAACUGUUGGUGUUUUCAAGCACUUGGCUGUGAAAAGAAGGAAAACAGGUAACCACCCCAUCUUCAUUGGACCCAUGUAUCUGCAUGACAAUUCUGACAUGGGUACCUACUACGAUUUCUUUGCAGAGUUGUCGGCAAAACUGCAUGAUGCACCCUCUCCACCUGUGCUUGGGUCAGAUGAUGAAGGAGGCUUGCGGAAUGGCAUGAAGAAGGCCUUUCCAAUGUCAUGCAGUCUUUGCUGUACGCGGCAUCUCAAGGAAAACAUUAAAGCCCAACUUGUAAAGAUUGGUGUGCCUGAGGCUGAAGUAAAAAAUAUCAAAAAGGCCCUCUUUGGAAAGGAAGGCGUGAGUCAUUCUGAUGACGAAAAGCAAUUCAGGAGCAGGAUUGCCAAAUGCAGAGCGUACUACAUGGAACAUGCACCACAGUUUGACACGUAUUUCAAACGUUAUGUGGCACAGCCAAUGGAGGACAACUUCAACACAAGAGUUAAAUGUCCCUGGACAGCCUCCUUUGGCAACUGGACCAACAAUAACUGCGAAAGUAUCAACAGCGUCCUGAAGCGGGCGGUGGACAGGAAAACUCUUUCUCUGACAGACCUGGUUGUCACGCUUGAAAAGCUUGUCAAAUCACAGUAUGAUGACUUGCGACUUGCACUGGCGGGACAGGGCGACCUUGUACUGUGCCAACCGUACGCUCGCUUCUAUAAGUCCAUCGAUGUCUGGACCACAAUGGACACAGACUCACGCAAUGAUCAUUUUGCGCAGUUCAUGAAGUACAAGGUCGAUAAAAGUACCUCAGUUUCAACUGAUGGAAGGUUACGAGUCACCACACCAAAUUCCCGUGGUGGCAAGAAACCAGGUCAGAACAAAAGGAACUGCUGUGCCAAAAUCACCGUGGCAAUGAAGUUCCUGUUACAGUUGUGUGCCAUUCCUGACUCAGGCCCAAAGAGCCUGGACCUGGGCCGCUAA